GAAUGAAUAUAAUUUCAUCGAUUUUUGAGAUGAUUACUCUCCAUUUGACCUUUACCAAUAUUUAAUUUACGUACUCGGAAAUGAAGAGGAUUAAAAUUGUGCUAGACAGGCCGAAUCGCCUGUUCGAAAGUUGGUUAGAAGAAUGGAGAAACGAAGCGGUAUUCCGAAACUCAGAGCUGCAUGAUCAUUUUGCAAAGGCUUUAGAUUCAUUGAAACGAUAUCCGCUACCGCUGGAGUCUGGUAAGGAGUGCAUAAUCUUACAGCACUUUGGUACAAAGUUAUGUUUGAUGCUCGAUAAAAAGCUAGAGGAGUACAGGAGACAGGAAUCCAUCAGAACAGUUGAUGCUUGUGUCUUCAGGACUGGUAGUAGUAAUGAAGAUCAUACAGCCACGUUGAGAAGGAAAUCUGUAAAAGAUUGUCAAUUAGUUGAAGUACAGGAGAAGACUAGGGUAUCUAAACAAACUAAAAAUACCAAAAAGAAUGCUCGGGAAAGAUUGAUAAAUGCAAAUGACAUUGCUUCAAAAAAAGCUAAUAGGCAAAUUUCCUUUAAAUCGAAUACUUUUGAUAUUAUAUUAUUAGUGGAUACUCAAGAAACUUGUGGUGGAAAAAUGAAGCCUCAGCACAAUGCCACGAUUAUGGAGUUGACACAGCUUAAGGUAUUGUUUGAAGUACAUCGUUUAAAGAUUGGUGAUUUCACGUGGAUAGCCAGAUGUCGAAAAACUAAUGAUGAAUUGAUUAUACCUUACAUAAUAGAACGGAAGCGAAUGGAUGAUUUAAGUGCAAGUAUUGUGGAUGGAAGGUUUUAUGAACAAAAGUUUCGAUUAAAGCAGUCUGGUAUUGAGAAUUUGAUGUAUAUAGUAGAAAAUAUUGAUAAAAAUUCCCGAUAUUCUGUAUCACUCUCCUCAUUGUUACAAGCUUCUAUAAAUUGUCUGGUACAAGACGGCUUUACUGUAAAAUAUACAAGAAAUCACAAAGAUUCUAUGUUAUACUUAUCAUAUAUAACAAAGAUUUUAAUCCAAAUUUAUAAGGAUAAGAGACUUGUUGGAUGUGAGAAAGAACACUUUAUUCAAACCGACAAUAUAAGUAGUGCAGUAUGCCUUAUGGAAUUCAAAGAAUUCAAUAAAGUAUCCUCUAAACAAAGGACAUUUAAAGUGAGCGAGAUGUUUAUUCGCCAGCUAUUACAAUUAAAAGGCAUGUCCAUUGACAAAGCUAUGGCGAUUGUAGAACGUUAUGCCUCACCGCAAAUUUUAAUUACAGCUUUGGAGAAUUCUGAUAAGAAUGGCGAGCAAUUAUUGGCAAAUAUUCAGGUUAACAAGAAACAAUGGCUCGGGCCUGCCAUCAGUAAGGCCAUUUAUCGGCUUUAUACAAUGAAUGAAUUAAGAUGACUAAUAAAGAUGCACAAUAUACCUCUUUACUGAUACAUAUUUAUCUAGCUAGAGAGCUUAAAUCCUACUUUUGCAUGUAUUUUUACCGCCAUUAAAACUUUAUGUAUUUUCUAAGUAAUCAGAAAAUAGAGAAAAUAAUGAGUCAGCUGAAAAGUAAUGCACAGCAACGUAUGUAACUUGUAAAUGAAAAGAUAUAUUCGAAUGAAACCAAAAGGUCAUGAAAAUGUAUUUUAUUUGCUGCAAGAAAAUGUAUCAUUGCUUUUCAACAUAGUUACCAUUUACAGCUAUUUCUCCUAAUGAUGAAUGAAUUUUCUCAU